AUGCAAAAAUUCGUUCUUGUUCUAAUGGGGGCAAUGUUGUUCAAUAUCAUGGUGCAAGCCAUAAAAACUGAUAAGAUGGUCAAUUGCUAUAUGGUGAUAGGUACACCAAAACGUUUUCAAUUGAAAAAUAUUGAUCCUGACUUGUGUACCCAUAUCAGUUAUGCCUACUUUGACAUAGACAAUGAAGGUCUGAAACCUUUUUACCAGUUACCCAGCAAUUCAGAGAGAUUCAAUUUAAAAUGGGCAAAUCCCAAACUCAAGCAAAUAGCUGUUGUGGGUGGUGACAAAGUCUCCACUAAACAAUUCUCCAAAAUGGCCGUAGAUCCAAAUCUGCGUAGAAUCUUUCGGCAAUCAGUUCGAGUGUUUCUUGUGGAAAAUGAUUUUAAUGGCUUAGAUCUGCACUGGCUGUAUAUGGAAAAACCGGCUGACAAAGAGAAUUUUGUAACUCUUAUACGUGAGUUGAGAGAACACUUUAAAUAUUUGGACCUGGAGUUGGGCAUAUCGGUAAUUGCUGAUAAUAAGUAUGCUCGCUUAUGGUAUGAUGUACCCAAUAUUGUGGAAAAUGUAGAUUUUAUCAAUGUCAUGGCCUACAAUUAUACUGAUAACCUGUUAGGUCAUAAUGCGGCCCUCUUUGGAACUGGUGAGGAUAAUGUGAAUGCCUCCAUACACUUUUGGCUAUCGCAGGGUGCCCCUGCCUCAAAACUUAACAUGGGUGUGGCAUUCUAUGGUCGCCACUACAACACUAUGGAAAUCACCAAAGAUAUUGUGCGUUAUAUGCCAUAUUAUGCCAUCACUGACAGAUCGGAGCAUUUAAAAGAUACAGUUUUUGGAUUUGAUGAAGACGUUGGCAGAGCUUUUUUAGAUGAUCCACGUAGUUGGGCAAGCUAUGAGUCUAUGAGGGGUCUAGAAAUGAAAAUGGCAUAUGUGAAAGAGAUGGGUCUACGUGGUGUUAUGAUAGCGAAACUUGAAGACGAUGACUACAGGGGUCGUUUUAAUAGAACUGGAAACUAUCCCCUUUUGCAGCAGAUAAACCGACAAUUAGACGAACGCUUUGAAUGUCGGCCGGGUAUAUGUUGCAUUAAAAGAAAAACUGUUCAAAGUCCAUGUUUCUAUGUCUGAACCAAACUUGCUGACAUUUCUUUCAAAAUUUAGCCGAUUGGAUAUGGAAAAUAUAUU